GAAAGGGAAGGCGGCGAGGCGAGAGAGAGCCCAGGCGCGCGAUGGCGGAGGUCGCUGCUGUUGGCGCCGCUGGCGCGUCUCCGUCCUCCCCGUCGGAAGAAGACUCGGUGCCGCUGGUGGCGCUCAACUACUCGGUGCGCCGCCGCCUGGGGCUCUUCCUCAACCCGCGCGCCCCGGUGGCCUCCGACUGGACGGCGCUGGCCGAGGAGCUGGGCUACGACUACCUAGAGAUCAAGCACUUCGAAAGCAAGGCCGACCCCACCGAGAGCCUCUUGGCCGACUGGCAGAAGCGCUGCCCCGGCGGCGCCACCGUGGGCCGCCUCCUGGGGCUGCUGCGCCUCCUCGGCCGCCGAGACGUCCUAGCUGACCUGGGGACCAGCAUCGGUGAGCAAACAGGGCCCGGGGACGCCCCUGAUUAUCGCCCUCCCCCCGUCCCGUCGAUGCCCCCUCUGCCCCAGUCCAAGGGGGGAGACACCUCUCUCUCCCCGCGCCCUGUUUUACGCACGGCCUCUCCAGAAUAAGCGCCCUGUUUUACGCACGGCCUCUCCUUUCUGUUGCGCCCCAAUACCCAGUUCCCAACAGAGGAGGCUUUGCGCCCAUCCUCGGAGCCGCCGGGGCGUCGCCGGUUGGAUUUCUGCCUGUAAGGGAGCAGUUUCCCGGAGAGAGAGAGGAAAUGGCCACUGAUAUUCUUCCUCCCUCUUCCUAACGUCUUGGUUUUGUUUCCUUCUUGACGCUUCCUCGUUGUUUAGCACUCCUGUUUGAAGCUGUUUUGGUUCCGGGUGUGUUACUGCAAUGCUGUUGCUUUUGUUUGUUUGCUUUAACUUAAAAACAUUUCAUAGGAUCAUAGAAUUAUAAGGUUGGAAGGGGCACCCGGGGUCAUCUAGUCCAACCCACUGCAGUUCAGGAAUCCCAACUAUUGACAGAUGGCCAUCGAGCCUCUGCUUCUAAAUCUCCAUUAAAGGAGAGUCCACUCCCAAACAGCUCUUACUGGAGGACCUUUCAGUGGGUGUUUGAGCUCUCUGCUCUUAGCAUCAGAAAGUUCCUUGUGAUGUUUAGCCAGAAUCUCUUUUCUUGUACAGUGGCACCUCGGGUUACAGACGCUUCAGGUUACAGACUCCGUUAACCCAGAAAUAGUACCUCGGUUUAAGAACUUUGCUUCAGGAUGAGAACAGAAAUUGCGGUGCUGCGGCAGCGGGAGGCCCCAUUAGCUAAAGUGGUACCUCAGGUUAAGAACGGACCUCCGGAACGAAUUAAGUUCUUAACCUGAGGUACCACUGUAACUUGAAUCCAUUGGUUCCAGCCCUACCAGAAGAAAACACACUUGCUUCAUCAAGAGAAAACAAGUCUUUCUUUCUUUCUUUCUUUCUUUCUUUCUUUCUUUCGCUGAAGAGUUUUUAGGGAGCUGUACAGCUGAAGGGUCCCUGCUCCUGCCAACCUCUCAGUUCGAAAGCACGUCAAAGUGCAAGUAGAUAAAUAGGUACCACUCUGGCGGGAAGGUAAAUGGCGUUUCUGUGCGCUGCUCUGGUUUCGCCAGAAGCGACUUAGUCAUGCUGGCCACAUGACCCAGAAAAACUGUCUGCGAACAAACGCCGGCUCCCUCGGCCAGUGAAGCUAGAUGAGCGUCGCAACCCCAGAGUCGUUCGCGACUGGACUUAACAGUCAGGGGUCCCUUUACCUUUUUACAGGUGCAUUCCUGAGUGCCUCUACCUGGCUCUGGCUUGUCCAUCCUUACAAAAAACACAACAGCAGCACCAAGGAAUGAGAGCCCAAACUAGCGACUGAUAUUUGAAGCAGCAACAAAAUCUAAAGCUUGGCGUCAUUUUGUGUUUUGUUUGCUGCAUUUAUAUCCUGCCUUUUUCUCUCAGGGACCUCAAGCUGGCAUAUAUGAUUCUGCCCCUUCUGGGCUCUGCCCCUCCUCUUUCAGUCCCAGCAACAACCCUGUGGGGUAGGUUAGGCUGAAAGACGACUGUGACUGGCCCAAGGUCACCCAGCGAACUACAUUCCUGGGUGGGAAUUUGAACCCGGGUCUCCAGGGUCCUAAGCCGGCACUCUAACCACUGCACCACACUGCCUCUCUUGCAUGGCUGUAGGUUGUGCUUGCUCCUGCAAUCCUCAGUCUGCAUUUUUAGAUGCUGUUGCCCUGUUUCCCACAGGGUAGAUUUGAUUUAAAAUGAAUCGAUUUAAAUCACUAUUCAGUAAGACUUGAUUUAAAUCAUUUUUUUAACAGAAAGACUCAUUCUUGUUGGUAUAAUCUUAAUAUUUACAACCAAAUGAAGGUUUCAUUUUUGGAAUAUUAAAUUUUCAGAGUAGUUUUUACAAAUAAUUAUGAAAUUAUUGUGAGGUUUAAUAAGUUAACUGUUUAUAUUUGGACAACUUUUCCGGUGUACUUUAUUGGAAGGAGAAAAAUAAUUUUUAUUUUUUAAACAAUUUAUUUAACUAAGACAAUAACAUAGCAUAUGUAUCCAUGUUUGUUAACUGAUGUGGUUAAACAGUUAAAAAAAAACAACAACUUAGACUGAGUUUUAGCACACAUGAAAAACUUAAAACAAAUCCUUAUUUCCUAAUGAAUAGUCUUUGGACUAUAAUGUAACUUCAAUAGAAAGACUUUUUCCUCCAAAAGCAUUUUAUUUUAAAAAUCCAAUUUAAAAUUUAAAAAAUCUGAUUUAAAUAAAAAAAAUAUUAUUAUUAUUUUUAAAAAAAUCAUUGAUUUUUAUCCAUCCUGGUUUCCCAUCAGCCCCAACCAGCAUGGCCAAUGCUCAGGGAUAGUGGAAGAUGCAGUUCAAGAAUACCUGGGGAGCCCAGGCUCCUUAUCCUUGCCCCAGAGUGUUCCCCAGUGCCUAACAAAUCCAAACCCCUCUGUCUGUCCCCAGUGGCAGCCUAGUGUUUGCUACAAGAAAGUUCCCAACCAGAGCAGGUGGAGAUCUGCACCCUCUCCAUUUCUGUCCCCCAAGAUCUUGCAAAUCUGAGAUAUACUGCCCCAGGACAUGGAGGCUCCACUUUCAUGCAAUACUCACCUGACCUCUGCAUGCUAGUUGCAUGAGAUUGAGCUGAUUCUCUUUUUUUAAAUAAUUUUUAUUCAUUUUAAGACAUAUUAAUUGUCAUACAUACCACAAAAUUGUAUACAAUCUUAUACAAUUUUUUGGACUUCCAUCAGCACCUCUGAUGACCCCCCAUUUUUAUGAUUUCUUCUGCAUUUCUUAAAUUCAUAUUGCCUUUAAUUAUCUUAACUAGCACCGUCCUUUUCAUCCAAUUAUGCAAUAAUUCAAAUUAUUCACCUCACAAAACUUCCUGCAAACCUACAAAUGUAAUCUGAUCAUCACAAUUACUUUUCAGAUAGUCCGUAAAUUUACGCCAAUCUUCUGUGAAUCUCUGGUCCCGCUGGUUUUCUUCCCAUUAGUACAGUGGUGCCCCGCAAGACGAAUGCCUCGCAAGACGGAAAAACCGCUAGACGAAAGGGUUUUCCGUUUUGAAGUUGCUUCGCAGGACGAAUUCCCCUAUGGGCUUGCUUCGCAAGACGAAAAUACCUUGCGACUCCUGAGAUUUAUUUAACGAUUUAACCCCACUUUAUCUAAUCUGCUAAGGCUUUAAUAGCCUUUAAUAGCCUUUUAGCAGCUAAUCCCCUAAGCCUUUAAGCCUUUAAAAGCCGCUAAACAGCUGAUAGCGCUAAUAGCGCUAAUCCGUCAAUGGGCUUGCUUCGCAAGACGAAAAAACCGCUAGACGAAGACUCUUGCGGAACGGAUUAAUUUCGUCUUGCGAGGCACCACUGUAUAUCUAAUUCUGCAUAGUCCAUCAAUUUCAUCCUCCAAUCUUCUUUCGUCGGUAAUUCUUCUUGCUUCCAUUUUUGUGCCAGUAAUAUUCUUGCUGCCAUCGUUGCGUAUAAAAACAGCUUACAAUCAUUUCUAUUUAUAUCAUCCCCUACAAUGCCCAAUAAAAAAGCUUCUGGUGUUUUAAUAAAUGUAUAUUUCAACAUUUUUUUCAUCUCAUUGUAUAUAAUUUCCCAGAAGUUUUUCACCUUUUUACAUUCCCACCACAUAUGGUUAAAUGUUCCUUCUUUUUCUUUACAUUUCAAGCAUUUAUUGUUUACCUUAUACAUUUUUGCCAAUUUAACGGGUGUAGAGAUUGAGCGGAUUCAGGGUCAGUUUGGGCUUGUGAGUCCCCAUCAUUGGCUUUAGGGUAUUGGCCCAGGAAGAGAGAUUUAACCUCCUCCUGCUCCCUCUAGCCCAUGUUUCCUGUGUUUGUGGUUUAGCACUGAGCAGAGGAGGCUGUCGUGCGGACGGGCCCCGAACCGCAAACGAAGCAUACCCAGAAACAGGCCUUAUUAUUAUUAUUUUUGUUCUGUGACUCUUUGCAGAAGAAGAUUGCAAGAAGUACCUGCGGAGGAAACAGCAGGAGGAGGCGGAGAGGCCCCUUCAGGUCCCGGCAGUGGACAGCAGUAUCGCACGGUCAUCUGAACUGCAGGGCAUCACUACGCGAGAUGACCCCCUUGGUAAAAGAAAUGAAAAAAACCAUAAGAUUAUUUGAUUCGGAAAAGAUGGUCUGGGUGAGAGCGAACAGUGUUUAUGCAGACACUGAAAGGAAGAGGAAAUGAGAUGUGCUGGUCCCGGGGGGAGGUUAUCGUGGGGCGAGGUCCAGGACCUGAGUCAAGGGGCGGCAGACAGUCCUCCACGGGCGAAGCGGGGUCCGAAGCGAGGAGCCGGGCAAGGACAGGAACUCUGGAGGAACAGGACUGGGUGCUGGCCGAAACAGCUCUUCAACGACGUUGCUUCCGCAACCUGGGACCGGGCUGACUGGCCUUUAUCUUCUCUGAGGCCAGGGGCGGUCCCGGCCCCCAGGAGACCCGCCUCUCCUGGCCUUAAGGCGAGCACUCCUCCUGGGAGAAACCAGUUCCCUCCGCCUCUCUGCCCUGAGCCUCUGCAGUUCAGGAGAGGCUGAAAGGUUACUGGACCCAGGGGGAGACUCACCUUCCUCUGACAGGGCUGGGAGAGGCGCACCUGUAGGCAAUGGGUCCUCAACCCCCUCAGGAGCCAGAGUGGAUUCACCUGGUGUCUGCUCCUGAGGAUCCGGCACAGGUGCAGGCGCUUCAGAAUCAAGGCCCUGCCCCAGUUCAGCCGGCCCUGGAGGCGGGGACUCCUGUGCAGGCUGGGAUUCCUCCAGUUCAGCCUCUGAAUCGGAUUCCCAGGCCAUCACAUGAGAUAACUUUCCCACCUUUUGUGGCUAGGGUUGAUGGGCGCCUAAUUUUCUGGCAGGGCUCCUGAACCUUCAACGGUUUUGCAGCACAGGCAGAAAUUCAACAGAUAAAGCUCCCGGCAUUGCACCUCUUUGAAGCGCACCUGUUGAAUUUGCUUGCUAUGCAGCUGUUCAAAAGCACCAGGUAAAACGCCGUAUACAACGCUAACGUCUCGUAUUAAACGUAACUGACCUGCAGAAAAGACUUUAUAACCUGAAAAAAAGAGACGGAUGUGCAUACUUUUGCAAACAGAGAAAAUCUUUAAUAAAAAUUAUUUUAAAAAGAAACAAAGAGAAAAGCACCAGGUAAAAUGAGCACAAUCUAUCACACUCUUUUUAAAAAUAUAUAUAUAUCAUGGUAGCUAAUGAUUAUUAUUGGGAAAUUAAUAACACUCUUGAAAAAAGAAAGAAUUAAAAUGCUGGGUUUUGGGAAACCAGUGUAACCCUUGAGCACAGCGACAUGAUGAUAAACGUGCAGCUAAACUAAGAGGGAAGACAUGUGCAAGCAAGUUUUUCUUUGACCUCAGUGUUACCGCCCAUGGAGGCGCCUGCAUAGCUCAUCGGCCUGUCUAGAAUUCUUCCUGGAGGAGGGUGCUCUGUAGAGCAAUGUGUUAAAUGGAUUUCGAGCUACGGGUACCGUAUUUUUCGCUCUAUAGGAUGCACCAGACGAUAAGAUGCACCUAGUUUUGGGGGGGGGGGAAACAAGAAAAAAAAUAUUCUGAAUCUCAGCAGCCAGAACAGCAAGAGGGAUCUGGCUUCUGGGAUAGCCUCUUGCUGUUCUGGCUUCUGGGAUAGCCACUGAAGUGUCUCCUGGGCAGUGGGAUGAAGGCUCCCCCUGCCAGGAAGAGGCUGCGCGCGGGUAAGCUGCCCUCUGUACCUUCCCCCAUCUCCCGCAAGAACUGCGUGCUCUUUAAAGGGAGCGCGGUACUUGGGGGCUUUUCUGGGAAGUGGGGGAAGGGACAGAGUUGCGCGCUCUGUCCCAUCCCCCAAGAGCCACGCAAAGCCUCCACAGGACAGCGGGGAGCCUUCGUCCCGCUGCCCUACGGAGGCUUCGCGGGGGCUAUCCAAAAGCCAGAAUAGCUAGAGGGAGCACUGCGCAGUGCUCCCUCUAGCUGUUCUAGCUUCGUGCGAAGCCUCCGCCGGGCACGGGGAGCCUUCAUCCCUGUGUCCUGCGGAGGCUUCUGGGACAGCCCGCGUAGCCUCCGCAGGGCAGCGGGGUGCCUUCAUCCCGCUGCCCUGCGGAGGCUUUGCGCAGCUAAGCCCGAAGCUAGAACAGCGAGAUGGAGCGCUGCACAGCACUCCCUCUCCCUGUUCUGGCUUAGCCGCGCAGCCUGCAUUCGCUCCAUAAGAUGCACACACAUUUCCCCUUACUUUUUAGGAGGAAAAAAGUGUGUCUUAUAGAGCGAAAAAUACGGUAAUUGCCAAGCAUCUGUUACAACCGGGAUAGUUUACAUCCGGUUUGCAAGCAGCUAGUUUCCUGCUCUCCUGCGGCGAGUGGUUACAUCCUCCAGGUGAAUAGCAGGGAAGGUUUACAGCAAUUUUCUUUUAGGUCUGAGGACGUUUCACAGCUCUAUGUGAGCCGGGGGACGGUAUUUUUUGAGAACUUGUGUGCAAGGCUGGCUCAGACGGGUAACACUUCCCCGCUCCCUCCAUUCGCGCCAGUGUGGUGUAGUGGUUAGUGCAUUGGUCUAGGACCCGAGAGACCAGGGUUCGAAUCCCCACUCUGUCAUGAAGUUCACUGGGUGGCCUUGGGCCAGUCUCUGCUUCUAAGCCUCACCUACCUCACAGGGUUGUUGUGGGGUUUAAAGGAGGAGGGGGGUAGUCCAUGUUUGCCACCUUGAGAAAAAGGGAGCAUAUUAAUACAAUGAAGGCCUAAAUCAGGGAUGUCCAGCUGGUCAGUCGUGAUCUACUGGUAGUUCCCCACAAGGUUUUGGUAGAUCACGGUCGAUCUCUGGCUCCCUUUCCUCCUGCCCCACCCCUUCGCCCCGCCCAUUAACCCCUCCCAAAAGGAACUCCCCCCAAAAUGGGGCUUUCCUCCUCCCUAAAAAAAGCUGCCAGUUUUUAAUUCUGAAAGUACCGUAUUUUUUGCUCUAUAAGACUCACUUUUUCCCUCCUAAAAAGUAAGGGGAAAUGUGUGUGCGUCUUAUGGAGCGAAUGCAGGCUGCGCAGCUAUCCCAGAAGCCAGAACAGCAAGAGGGAUUGCUGCUUUCACUGCGCAGUGAUCCCUCUUGCUGUUCUGGCUUCUGAGAUUCAGAAUAUUUUUUUUCUUGUUUUCCUCCUCCAAAAACUAGGUGUGUCUUAUAGAGUGAAAAAUACGGUAGAUAGCAGUCUCUUGAGAGUUGGCAUAAAUGAAUGCAUAAUAUCAUCUAGUGUUGUUUUUAUUGUUGUUUUAAUUCAGGACAAACGGUAGAGAUGUUUGAUGCCUUCAUCUGUUACUGCCCGAACGACCUUCACUUUGUGCAAGAGAUGAUCCAAGAGCUGGAACAGACAGAGCACAAGCUGAAGCUCUGUGUGUUCGACCGGGAUGUCCUCCCCGGAACGUGCGUCUGGUCCAUCACCAGCGAGCUUAUAGAGACGCGGUGAGUUGAGGAAUAUAUACCCAGGUGGGCAGCAAUGGAAAUAUCCAUUGUGCCUCCCGCAGCUCUCUGGGUUUGUUCCCAGCUAAGUUCUACUCAGGAGUAGACUCUUGAUUUAUAACGAGCUUAAGAAAAUGUUCAAAUGCUCUUUCUCUAAAAAAACCCUGAAGCCUUCCUGCUAGGAAUUAUAGGUCACGACAUCCCAAAAAAGUUCAGGAGAGUCUUUAUCUAUGUGUAUAGUUGCUGCCAGGAUUCUAAUCGCAAAAGGCUGGAAGGGAGAAGAUAUCCCAUCCAAAUCAGACUGACAAAAUAAAAUAAGAGAGUACGUCGAACUGGCGAGACUAUCAGCAAGGUUACUAGACGUCACUGACGAAAAAUUUAUCAGAGUGGGACAUACGUAAAAGAACAUUGUCAAAAAUACUAAUCUGUUGGCAGGUUUUGAUUGAAUUUCUGUGUGCAAAUAGGAUAAUUUUAUAAAACAAAAUUUAUAGUAAGUUAAAUAACAUGGAGGAAACAAAGUUAGAGUGCGUAUUUAAGGAAUUUAAUCCAGGAACACAAUGGGAAGAUCGGAGGUCAUGUUAAAUUUACAGUGGUGCCCCGCAAGACGAACGCCUCGCAAGACGGAAAACCCGCUAGACGAAAGGGUUUUCCGUUUUGAGGCGCUUCACAAAGCAAUUUCCCUAUGGGCUUGCUUCGCAAGCCGAACGCCCAUAGGGAAAUCUCCAGGGACCUCUUUUAAAUGCUAGCGGUGGGGAGCAACGCCUUCCCCCCCCCUCCGGCCUUCAGACGAGGUCCAGGAAGGCUGGCGGGGGCCGAAAGGCUUUGCUCCCCACCGCCAGCAUUUUAAAAGCAGUCCGGGAUAGCAGGGAAGCGCUUCCCGCUAUCCCGGACGGCUUUUGAAGGCAGGAGAGGUCCGCGAAGCCUGGGCGCGCUGAUCUCAGCGCGCGCAGGCUUCGGCAUGCCGGCAACUCUCCGCAAGCAGCGGCAGCGCUGCCGCUGCUCGCGGAGAGGUCCGCGAAGCCUGGGCGCGCUGAUCUCAGCGUGCGCAGGCUUCGGCAUGCCGGCAACUCUCCGCAAGCAGCGGCAGCGCUGCCGCUGCUCGCGGAGAGGUCCGCGAAGCCUGGGCGCGCAGAUCUCAGCGCGCGCAGGCUUCGGCAUGCCGGCCACUCACCGCAAGCAGCGGCAGCGCUGCCGCUGCUCGCGGAGAGGUCCGCGAGCCUGGGCGCGCUGAUCUCAGCGCGCGCAGGCUCGGCAUGCCGUCAACUCUCCGCAAGCAGCGGCAGCGCUGCCGCUGCUCGCGGAGAGGUCCGCGAAGCCUGGGCGCGCGGGUCUCAGCGCGCGCAGGCUUCGGCAUGCCGGCAACACUCCGCAAGCAGCGGCAGCGCUGCCGCGGCUCGCGGUGAGGUCCGCGAAGCCUGGGCGCGCUGAUCUCAGCGCGCGCAGGCUUCGGCAUGCCGGCAACUCUCCGCAAGCAGCGGCAGUGCUGCCGCUGCUUGCGGAGAGGUCCGCGAAGCCUUGGCUGGACAGCUUUUGAAGGCAGGUGGGGGGACAAAGACUUCGCCCCCGCCAACCUUCAGAAGAGGUCCAGGACCUCUUCUGAAGGCUGGCGGGGGCAAAAGUCUUUGUCCCCCUGCCUGCCUUCCCAGGGGCUUUAAAUUGCCCCGGGACAGCGGAGGACUUCUCCGCUGUCCGGGGCAAUUUUAAAAUGCCGCCCGCCAGCAUUUUAAGAUCGCCCCGGACAGCGGAGAAGCCCUCCGCUGUCCCGGGGUUUUUUAAAAUGCUGGGGUGGGUGGGAAGAAAAGCCCUUGUCCCCCCCCCCAGCCUUCAGAAGAGGUCGGGGGACAGACUGUCCCCGGACCUGGUCUGAAGUCGGUUUCCCUAGGAACGCAUUAAUUGAUUUUCAAUGCAUUCCUAUGGGAAACCGUGCAUCGCAAGACGAAAAACUCGCAAGAAGAAAAAACUUGCGGAACGAAUUAAUUUCGUCUUGCGAGGCACCACUGUAAUUACAAAUGGAUGUACAAAGCGAAUAUCAGUUAAGGAAGGAAUUAUUGUUUAUUUUUGUUUUUCUAUUUUGUUUUCAACAUCUAUUGAACAUUUCUGUUAUAAAGUUUUUAACCAAUAAAGCAUAAAAAACCAAGAGUAGACAGUGAAAUCAGUAGAAGUCCACUGGAUUUCAGUGGAUCUGCUCUAACAGUGGGUUCAGCCUUCUGCCCCCAAACCCCCCCCCCAUUAAAUAAAAUGACUUAAAAGAAUGCAACUCCCAAUACAACUGCUUGUUCAAUUCAUUCUGAAACAACCUGUUGGAACAUUGAUCAACAAUCAGCUGGUAAAUACCUUUAUUCUAAGCAAUCUAGAAUAAUUAGGAACUAGUUAACAAGCCUAGUUUUUAAAAACGUAUUGCAUUCCUUUUGUAUUAUUUUAAGGCUGGGGGAAAGUGGCUGUAAUAUUUAUUUGCUUUAGGAACUUUUAUGCUGCCCAUCAACACUUACUUUUCAUUCAUUCAUUUAUAAUAGAAUUUAUAGCCCACCUUUUCCUCUAAGGAGCUCAAAGUAGCUUACAUGUUUCUCUCCCUCAGUUAAUCCCAACAAGUAGCAGGCAGAGAGAAUCUAUUGCUGUGAGUUAGGUUAGGCAGUGAGUAGCCCAAGGUUACCAAGUAUACUUCAUGACAGAGUGGGGAUUCGAACCCUGGUCUCCCAGGUCCUAGACUGACACUGUAACCACUACACCACACUGGCUGCCGAGGGCAUUUUCACAGUUUAUUUUUAUUAUACCUACUUGUUUCUAAAGUUUGAUUUUUUUUACUGAUGUUUUAAAUAUUUUGUGCUAUUUUAUGUGAAUCGCCUAGAGUUUUCAUUUCUUUUCAUUCAAGUGGUCUACGUUUUGUUGAAUAAAAAGAAAUAAAACACUACCAAGUAAAAAUAGCAGUGAUAAAAAAGGAAUUGGCAGCAUAGAACAGCCCAGAAAAAACUGAGAAUGAAAUCGGUGCUGAAAAGGUUGUAAUUGAAUGGAUUUUAUCAUUAUCUAAUUCAGUCCAGCAUCCUAUUCUCACAGCGGCCAACCGGAUGCCUGAUAAUUUAUUUAUUUUGUUUAUGAAUUGCUUCCAGUGAGGCAUCCCAAAGCAAUUUAGGAUAUAAAUUAAGUAAAACAGUUACAUUUUUUUUUUAAAAAAAACAACCCACCUGCAUGUGUCAUAUAUAAAAUAAAUUGUAAGGCUGUUGUCAUGCUGCAGUUCACAUGGCUGCCUGUUGGUGGCUGUAGCAACUCCAGCAUGACGACAGAACAGCAGGCAGGCAAGUCAGCCAACAGUGCGGGCGGAACAUAAAACCACUGAAAUCCAAUAGAAAUACCAAGUGGAAUGAAGAUCUCCAUUUAGAAGUCUUCCUAUGGCAAGCUCAGAAGCAGGACCUGAGCACAACAGCACUCCCACACACACACACCCCCUACAAUUUGCAGCAAUUGAUUCCUUACUGUAUGCCAUUCCCAGGCGCCACCUGGAUAUCGGGAGAUUGUGGUCCGUGCAUUUUUAAAUAAAUAAGUGGUCUUCAAAGCCCAGUGACGUUUAAGAUGGAGACAGCCAGAGGGAGCAGCUUUUCCUAAGACUGUAUAACAGUAAGCCGGAGAUUUGGGAUCCCUAUCUACCUCUGCAACUGGUCCCAUCACCUCCUGGCAAAUAGAAGGGGAAGAAAUGGAGGCAGUGAGAGAUUUUACUUUCUUGGGCUCCAUGAUCACUGCAGAUGGUGACAGCAGCCACGAAAUUAAAAGACACCUGCUUCUUGGGAGAAAAGCAAUGACAAACCUAGACAUCUUAAAAAGUAGAGACAUCACCUUGCCGACAAAGGUCCGUAUAGUAAAAGCUAUGGUUUUCCCAGUAGUGAUGUAUGAAAGUGAAAGCUGGACCAUAAAGAAGGCUGAUCGCCAAAGAAUUGAUGCUUUUGAAUUAUGGUCUGGAGGAGACUCUUGAGAGUCCCAUGGAGUGCAAGACGAUCAAACCGAUCCAUUCUUAAGGAAAUCAGCCCUGAGUGCUCACUGGAAGGACAGAUCCUGAAGCUGAGGCUCCAAUACUUUGGCCACCUCAUGAGAAGAGAAGACUCCCUGGAAAAGACCCUGAUGUUGGGAAAGAUGGAGGGCACAAGGAGAAGGGGAUGACAGAGGACGAGAUGGUGGGGCAGUGUUCUCAAAGCCACCAGCAUGAGUUUGACCAAACUGCGGGAGGCAGUGGAAGACAGGAGUUCCUGGCGUGCUCUGGUCCAGGGGGUCACAAAGAGUCGGACACGACUAAAUGACUAAACAACUAAACAACAACAACAUCUACCUUUGCAUAUGGUCACAGAGAAGAAGAGGAGGAGAGGCUGACAAAUACUUUACAGUCCGUAUUCGUAUAGUCAGGCUCUGCUUUGCAGUUUGGGUCGGAUGCAGUUUGGGGGCUAGAUUAAGAUGUUUCUUGUCACUUGAAAGUAUUGGGACUAGGCAGAUGCAGAAAGGGAAGGCAGAUGUGCGGAGACUAAAGAGAAGAUGUGCAUAUGUGGGGAGUGCCUUGUGGCCUAUGACCCACACAUCUUUCAGGCUCCCCGUUACCCACUAGGCCAGAAGUCCUUAAUCUUUUUUCUCUGGGCCACACUUUCAGAAUAAAAGUUUGCUGGCGCCGCACCAAAUAUUUUAUCAACAAGAAAUACAGUGGUACCUCAGGUUAAGAACUUAAUUCGUUCCGGAGGUCUGUUCUUAACCAGAAACUGUUCUUAACCUGAAGCACCACUUUAGAUAAUGGGGCCUCCUGCUGCCGCCGCGCCACCGGAGCACGAUUUCUGUUCUCAUCCUGAAGCAAAGUUCUUAACCUGAAGCACUAUUUCUGGGUUAGCGGAGUCUGUAACCUGAAGCGUAUGUAGCCUGAGGUACCACUGUACACUGGGAAACAAAAAGAAACAACUUGAUUUAAAACAUACAACACAACCGCUUUAUAAUGUGAUCACGGGACAUCCAGGAAGUAUAAAACAACACAGCUACAGAAGAACAGGAGUCAUUCUCAAAACAGAAUAUUGAUGGUCCUUGAAUCUUCCCGCCAUUCUUGCCAUUCUCUCCUUUGAGGACCACUGCACUAGGCCGUAUCUAGAGCUCCGAAAACGCCCCAUUCCCUGUUGGUCAGAACACUUCCAGUUGCCUAGGCUUCAUCCUCUCGGUUGUCCGCUCACUUUUCACAAACGUGUUUUCUCUGUUCUGUGUUUUUUAAAAAAAACUUCAGGUGCCGGAAAAUGGUGGUAGUGAUUUCGGAUGACUACCUUGAUAGCGAAGCCUGUGACUUCCAGACCAAGUUUGCCCUCAGCCUCUCCCCAGGUAAACACCUGCAUGGGCUACCUGAUCCAUAUUGUUGCUACUUAUUCGUUAAAUUUAUUAUCCGCUUUCUGUGAGGCACCCUGGAGCCUGUGUGUGUGUGUGUGUGUACGGAGGAUGGAGUAAAGGUAAAGGGACCCCUGACCAUUAGGUCCAGUCGUGACCGACUCUGGGGUUGCGACGCUCAUCUCGCUUUAUUUGCCGAGGGAGCUGGCGUACAGCUUCCGGGUCAUGUGGCCAGCAUGACUAAGCCGCUUCUGGUAAACCAGAGCAGCGCACGGAAACGCCAUUUACCUUCCCGCCAGAGCGGUACCUAUUUAUCUACUUGCACUUUGACGUGCUUUCGAACUGCUAAGUGGCAGGAGCUGGGACCGAGCAAUGGGAGCUCACCCCGUCGUGGGGAUUUGAACCGCCGACCUUCUGAUCAGCAAGUUCUAAGCUCUGUGGUUUAACCCACAGCGCCACCCGCGUCCCUUAUGGGGGGAUGGAGAGGAAGGGGUAAAAGGGAAAUUCUCAGAAAAAGGUUUUCUGAGAAAUUUUGACUCUGCUCUGACGCAGAGCCUCGUUGGAGCUCAGAAAGGAAAGUGGGGGCAGCUGUUUCCUGCCUCUCUGUGAAAGAGAGAGGAAGAAGGUCUCAGGCCAUCUCUUAUGUCACAUUCCCAUGUUGGCUUCCUCUUUCAGGAGCUCGCCUCAAGCGCCUCAUUCCAGUUAAGUGCAAAAGCAUGAAGAAGGAGUUCCCAAGUAUCCUCAGGUUCAUCACGGUUUGCGACUACACCAACCCCUGCACCAAGAAAUGGUUCUGGAUGCGGCUGGCCAAGUCCCUGUUGCUCCCAUGAUGCAAAGCCGUGAGGCUGAGUGUCUUGCGUCGUGACUUGAACUGCGUCUUGAGGAAGGGAAGUUUGGGGGGGGGGUGGGCCUAAGUCUUUCUUAGCCUUUGCCAUGAAACCAACUUGCGCUAAACCCUUGCCUCACGGAGUCUCCGAAACAACCCCGUUCCUCGGAAGCCAGUCCAUUUUAAAAAGGAGGGCUGGAAAGUACUGAGAACUGCAGCUGCUCUUGAGUUUUUGGGUCGACGUUUCCUGAUUUCAGCUGAUUUCCUCCUUGUGAAACAGGGGAAUUGAGACAGAAUGAACACGGACGGGAGAAAGCUUUCAACAGCUGCGGCUCGCAAAAUGGCGGUGAUCUUCUGCAAAGUGUUCAGCGGCCUCUCUUUCUGACAACUCAACAGCAACCUUUUUUUUUACUAGCACAAACCAACAAAUGGACUAACGCCCCCUUCCCCAGUAUCCUGUUUCUGACAAGCCUGAGUUCCUGGUGCCUUAAAAUAGAGAUGGAUCACUGGUCUCCCAAGAUCCACAACUUAAACCUGCUAUUGUACAGAAGGAUAACCAGAUUCCGCAACUCUCCCUGCCUGCCAUUUGCCAUGGGGUGGAUAAUUAUUUUAAGUGUAUGUGGGGGGCAUUCCUAAGGAGGGGUUUAAGUUUGAGGUGGGCAUUCCUGGAGGAUCUUAGGCAGCUGCCAAGGUGUGUUUGAUCCCGCCCUCACCCCAACUGCAUGCCUAGAAUUGGACCAACAGCCUGCCAAUCCAAUCCAUUCUCUCUUUAAUCAAAGCACUGCCUGAAUCUGCGUGCCACAGCACUUCUCAACAUUUUAUAACGGCCAGUGGGGGAAGUGGGUUGAAACUGUGGUCUCUGUUUUCUUUCAAGCUUUCUGCUUCCUAAACCUUGCCCUAGCACUUUUAAAAGCAUGUUGGGAUUUUCUGCUCUUUGGGUCCGUCGAGUUUCCCAAGAAUCUGCCUGCCUGCGAAGCUGUGGAUAGGAAGGAACCCCUACAAUUCAAACAAUAUGUUUGCACUGCAAUAUGUUUGCAAUGGUCAUUUGCAUUCUUUGCAUAGCAGGCCUUAAUUUGUGGAAUUGCUGUCUGAGGGUGCUAAUCAGCACAGGGGCGCUCCUCCUUUUAGAUAUCACACUUUGUUUUACAGAGUGUUUUGCAGUCCUCGUGGAAGGGCAGAAAGACUAGUGGUUAUCUGGCACAACCCAUUCUCCACGCUCACAAAUGCACUCAUCCUGUCUGGUGGCAGAAGAGAAUGUGGCUCAGGCCACGUUUUAAAGUGACCUGACCUAUGUGGACUGUAAUGCAGUUAUUAGUCAGAUUGCUCACUUAUCUGAACUUUGCAAUGUAGUUUCAGUUGUUUUUUUUAAAAAAAAAUGCAUUUUCAGACACAUUUAAAGGAGGUGGGGAGCUGCUUGGAAAAGUGUAACGUACAUAAUUUGGAGGGAAGCACAAAAUGUGUAUUUUGUGAGGAAUGCAUACAGCCAAAAUGCAAGCCCAUAGGACAGGCCAGAUGUAGGACGGUGCGUGUGAAAUUGGCACAGACCUAGAACUGGCUCAUCCAUCCAUAAUUUGUUCCUUCCGCCCCCAUCCAUGUUUGCAGUCUGGACCACUCUGUGCCACAGCUUAAGAAUUCCUUGCCAGAAUUCUGAAAAGUAAGUUGCAAUUGCUUCCAUUGUACACAUGGGGGUGUUGAGGCUUUCAGGAAGCAACCCCACCCCCGAGCCCACCAAAUGAGUCCAUGGCAGAAGUGAGACCUUUAGGUCUUCUCUAGAUCCAUUAAUCUACCAGCAGUGGUGAGGACCUUCUUCCCCAUAGGCCAAGUAGGGGGUGGGAUGAAUGCUACAUAUAUUGCAUACUCCUUAGUGCUUCAUUGGUAGAUGGUACAGUCAAUCUGCCCUGAGUGCUCACUGGAAGGACAGAUCCUGAAGCUGAGGCUCCAAUACUUUGGCUACCUCAUGAGAAGAGAAGACUCCCUGGAAAAGACCCUGAUGUUGGGAAAGAUGGAGGGCACAAAGAGAAGGGGACUACAGAGGAUGAGAUGGUUGGACGGUGUUCUCGAAGCUACCAGCAUGAGUUUGGCCAAGCUGCGGGAGGGUGGAGGACAGGGGUGCCUGGCUUGUUCUGGUCCAUGGGGUCACGAAGAGUCAGACAUUACAAAACAACAACAACAACAGUCAAUCAUGAUUAACGGCACACCAUGGUUUGGUGUUACAUGUUUGAGUCUUGGCUCUCGAGCUCUCCAUGCUCCUCCCACAUACUCUGCUUAAUUAGUUAAUUCCUGGUUUGCAACAAACCAUAAUUUGCCAUUGCAUCUGAACCAACAAACUAUGGCUUGUGCUUGUUCUGCAAAACUAGAGCUCAAGCAAUGGUUUGCAGGGGAAGCACAAGCCAUAGUUUAUGGAAUCAUAGAGUUGAAGGGAAGCAAGAGGGUCAUCUGGUCCAACCCCCUGCAAUGUAGGAAUCUCAACUGAAGCAUCCCUGACAGAUGGCCAUCCAGGUUAGCUGCAAGCCAGGAAGUAACUGACUAACUGGAUCUUGCGAGGGGAGGAAUGAGUGUACGAGCGCUGAGUUGAGGACCAGGGGUUAGCCAGUCUUCUACUAUUAUAAAAGCACAAAAAGAGAUCUCAUAGAUGUGUCCCAUGCUGUGCCAAACUUUUCCAUGAGUUCUAGCCCAGAUAGCAAUAUUGAGAAUAGCUCGAUAGGAAUAAGGGCAUUUUCAGAGAAGAUAAAUUGUGGAUAUUAUAAGGAAAACAAGUGGGUUGUACAAAAAAAAGGCACAUUCUGGAAUGCUGCUGUUCAGGAUUGCUCUGUUUCUUCUCCCUCUGUCUAACAACCAGCAUUUUGCUGUGAUGGAAUAUGCUUAGCCCCCAUCCGGCCUUUUGUUUUUAAGGGUAGUCCUCUCUUUGGUACUUCUGCAAACUUUGGGGUCCCCACAAGCCAGCCUUCCUUGUGUGCGCGAUGCCAUUUUGGCACACAUGCUUAGGCAGACACGGGCUGAACAUCACCAACAGAGGGAACGAUUCUCUCCAAAUAAUGUGGCAAGUCAAAAUAAAAGUGCCUUAGUUUCGUUGGGGUAAAUUGAGUUAGAGAACAGUUCUGCUGCAUUUCCUGGUAGACGUGUCUCAAGUUUGCAUCUGGGAGGCUGCCCUUGGGAGACAAUAGGAGAGCCAGUGUGGUGUAGUGGUUAAGAGCGGUAGACUCGUAAUCUGGGGAACCGGGUUCACUUCCCCGCUUCUCCACACGCAGCUGCUGGGUGACCUUGGGCCAGUCACACUUCUUUGAAGUCUCUCAGCCCCACUCACCUCACAGAGUGUUUGUUGUGGGAGAGGAAGGGAAAGGAGAUUGUUAGCGGCUUUGAGACUCCUUCGGGUAGUGAUAAAGCGGGAUAUCAAAUCCACUCUUCUCUUCAAUGAUCAGAGUUCAUUGAGGCUCUUUUUUAUUAAAAAAAAUCCUGAUUG